AUGAAUGAAUCAAAGGCAUAUUCAUCAUUAUUUGCGUUGGUAGAUAGUCACUUAUCAAAAACAAGUGUUAACGAAAGUAAUAGUGUUGGUUCGCAUAAUGAAAUACAAAUACCAUCUCUAAAUGGAUUGCGGACUGGUAGUCUUUCCGAAACAUGGCUAUCACAGCCCCCUACUCAAAGACUACCAAUACCAACUCUCAAUUCUGGUGAAAGCCCAAUAACAAAUGUUUUAGCUGAACAAGUUGCAAAUAUGCUUAAAGCUAAAGAAAAAAAGCAAGAAGAAGAAAAGAAACAAAAAUUGGAAGAAGAAUUGAAAAAACUUAAAAUUGAGGAUGAAAAAAACUCUGUCAUCGAUUUAAUGAAGGCUUUACAAACUUCAUACCAUCCUGAACCCAUGUGUCAUUCUCAAGAUAUUUUGAGCAGUAGCAGUUCCUUUGAAUCCCUUUUUGAGUUAAAAUUUACAGACUGUGAUAAAGAACCUGAAAAAACUAAGACUCCAGAACCAUUGCUACCUUGUACUACAGAUCUGUCAUAUGUCUUGAAAAAUAAAGUUAAAAAAGCUAAAUGUUCCAAAUUUGGAAAAGUGGUUGCAGCCAAAUUAUGUCCUGUUGCUUUAGUUUACCUUAGAGAAAAUAUUGAUACAACUAUUACUAGAUUUAGAUUUGACACCAUAUCACCUUGUGAUGCCAUUAAAGAAAAAUUAAGAAGACCAACAAUAUCUUGCACUUAUACUGUAAGUAACAUAAUGUGA